UGUGCUUGCCGACGCUCCUUCUCGUCGGCUCCUCCACGCAGAGCAGAAUCGCGGGCUCAUGUGUCAACAUCCAGGCUUUCCCCCGGGGAGGCGGAACGUUAUUUCAUAAAAAAAAAUUCUGGUCAACAUUUUUUUUGUUUGCUUCCGAAAAAAAAAAAAAAAUCCUAUUCUUUUAGUAGUCAUCGGCGAUUGUUCUGACCGUCCAGACCAGGAUUGUCGCUACGGGUCUCCAUCCAACGUCGUCGCCCACCAUGACAGAGUACAAAGUGCGAAUAGCGAUCGUUUAAAAAAAUCACAUAUCCGGGCGACGCGUUAGCUUAGCGAGCCAGCCAAGCCCGCUCGGUCGGAGCAGACGACGCAGACUCGGCGAGGGUGCGGACCGCUGCUGACAUGAUGUUUCCUCAAUCGAGGCACUCGGCAUCCGCUCAGUCCGGCCAAGCUCUCAAGUUUACCACCUCGGACUCGUGUGACCGCAUCAAGGACGAGUUCCAGUUCCUCCAAGCACAAUACCACAGUUUGAAGUUGGAAUGUGACAAACUUGCCUCAGAAAAGUCGGAGAUGCAGCGUCACUACAUCAUGUACUAUGAAAUGUCCUACGGGCUGAAUAUUGAAAUGCACAAACAGGCUGAAAUAGUCAAGAGAUUGAACGGCAUCUGCGCUCAGGUGUUGCCUUACCUGUCCCAGGAGCAUCAGCAGCAAGUCAUGGGUGCCAUCGAGCGAGCCAAGCAGGUCACGCCCCCUGAAAUGAACUCCAUCAUACGGCAACAGCUGCAAGUGCAGCACCUGUCCCAGCUGCAGGGUCUGGCCCUGCCCGUGGCCCCGCUGCCUCUGGGCCUGACCCCACCCACCCUGCCGGCCGUUUCGUCCAGCUCGGGCCUGCUGUCGCUGUCUUCCAUCUUGGCCAACUACUCUCACGGUCAGGCCCAGGCAGCCAAGGAGGACAAGGCCCGCGACGGCGCCGAGAGAGCGCCCAGACCGGAGGACGGGGACAAGUCCGACUAAAGGGUUUCUGACGGGUCUCUGAGGUAAAGCUGUCACUGUGUGCGCGGAGGUGGGUGCCAGUGUUGUUAAGAAGAGCAGAGACAAUGUCUGGCGAGGAGUGACGUGUAGAUAUUAUUAUUUAGUGGACUUAGUAGACUCAUGCUUGUAGAUUUUGACUUAGACGCCAUUGUAGUGCAAGCCACUGUUUGUUUGUUUGUUUGUUUGUUUGGAGUGACAGCCUUCACGCUCUUCUUCUUCUUUUCAUUUCUUUGCUUCCCCUCCAGUCCCUCUAACGUUCCUCGGUCCUUCACUUAAUUACUGGACCUUUGUUCAUUUGUAGUCCAAUGAAAAUGUUUCUCAAAGGAACAGUCAACCUCAAAACGUCACCCUUCACUUUUUUAAAAAAUAUUUACUUGAUUUUACUACUUUAUUUGUUUUGCAACGCCACUCAGCUGCGUACCUCAAUCCCAUCUGAUGGGGUUUUAUUCCAUGACAACGCUUUUGGAACGUAUCGUGUACUUGAUCCACCUGAGGCUGCUUUGGAGGGGAUUUGUCUUAAAAAGUUUUUUUUGUGUGAAACUGCAGGCAGAUUAGAAAUGGAAAUUAUGUGCUUGCGUGUGUGUGUGUGUGUGUGUGUGCGUAUUUGGGGAGAAAAUUAAAACAUUUUUUAUUUGUUAUGAUUGAACUCUUACUUGCUUGAAGCACCUUUUUUUUUGUUGAACCUGAGAGGGACAAGCAGUAGAAGAUGGAUGGAUGGUUUACAUUCUUACAACAGCUUCCCCUGCUGGUCCAGUCUUUCUUUGAUCAAAACAUACAGAAGAGAAGUCACUUUUUUCUCUCGCUUGAUUAACGGCAGCUUUUCUUUCAAGCAUAUAAAUAACUAGAAGGGUCACACUGACAAAAAGAAAAGAUAAGGGUUAAAAUAAUAGUAUUUUUUUGCAUAAAAGUACAAUUUAGUUUCCAUAAAAUAGUAUGUUUUGUUUUUAUACAAAAAGUUAUUUUUUUCUUAAGUUCUAUUCUAAAUUUAAAAAAAAAAAUCUCAUUUCUACUUUACUUUUUUAUUCAUGUGAAAAUAUUUUUCAGUUUUUUUUAAAUAAAAUUAUAUUUCAUAAUUUAAACUUUCUUUUUCAUAGAAAGUUAAGACAUCAUUUUCGUAAAAUUCAACUCUUCUCUUUUUACAUAAACGGACAUCUUUGGUGCAUCAAAUUACAAAUUAAAAACAAAUCCCUUCCCCCAAAAUUACAAUUUCCGUUCUAUUUAAUUUCCAUUUCAUUUGUUAAAAAAACAAUUUGCGCAAAUUAAUAUUUUAAUUGUAAUGUUUGAUUUUUCCUCAACUUCCUUUGGCAAAACUUGUUUUGUCGCAUAAAAUAAAGAAGAGUUUCGAGUAAAAUUAUGACACAUUUUUGGUAAUAUUACAACUUUGCUCUUGCAAUAUUCCGCUAAUCAAUUUUCAAUGCAGACUUUUCCUAUUAUUACAUGUUUAUUCAUUGAAAGUUAGUAAGUAAUUCUGCUGUGAUGACUGAUGUGUCCUGAAUGAGGUAUAAACUAAAUAUACACACAAAUAUAAAUGCAUAUAAAAAAAUCUUACAAUAUUUAUUCACAGGGUAGUUUAUUUUAUUUUUUUUGUGUGUCAGUUUUGGAAUUAUCAAUGGCGCUUCUGCAUAUGGCCAGCAGGGGGCAGCGCUGUUCUCAUUGGCACUUGGUGUGACGUCACACACUCGCAAGGCUGAUCUGAAGUCAGUUAGAAUGUAGUUCUUUCAAACCCCCAACCAGAGCUUAGACAACUCCCUGAAAACUUUUUAUCUACUUUUCUAAUUGCUUUUUCUCCAUUUACCUAUUUCGUAAAAGCACUUAAGUGGCGACUCUGUGCUAAAAUAAUUUCCCCCAAAUAUGAAAAUGUCCUCCCUGGUAACAGUCAAAUGAAUGCUGUGUGCGUGUUUUUGGUUUUGCGCUGAGAAGGGCCAAUUUGUAUACAUAUGAAUAUAUCAAUAUACAUAUUUUUUAAAGCAUUUUUGUAUGUUUCAAAGCUGCUUUUUAACGUGUGUGUAACAUGGAAGAUUUGUUGUGUGUGUGCGUGUGUGUGUGCGCGCGCGUUACAUUAAGAGGCACAAUGUCCAUUUUUGUUUUUCCUCUCUCUCAUCCUCUGCAACACUUUGCUCAGUUUGUAAAUGUUUGAUCCUUUUUUUGUGAAAAACAAAAAAUGUGUUUUCGAAAGCUAAGACAACAACAAGAAGAAGAAGAAGAAGAAAAAAAAAAGAAAAGAUGUAAAGUGGAAAAACUGUGUAAGCUAAUGACAACAAAUCAACCUUUUAGCAGUAAGGGAGCUUCUCUGGUGCCUUACAAAUAAAAGAUGUGAUUGAUUGGA